AAGAGCGGCGUAAGAGUGGUGCGGCUACCGGAGAUGCCUGAGGUUCUGUUCUGAGGAGCGGCCAGCGGCACGAUGGAGCGGGCCAGGGACCGUUUACACCUGAGACGGACUACAGAACAGCACGUACCAGAGGUAGAAGUCCAAGUCAAACGUAGAAGGACAGCCUCACUGAGCAAUCAGGAGUGUCACCUGUACCCCAGGCGAUCUCAACAGCAGCAGCAAGUACCUGUGGUGGAUUUCCAGGCGGAACUGAGACAGGCAUUCUUAGCUGAGACACCAAGAGGUGGUUAAAGCAGUAUUGGAACACCCAGGUAGCUGAUUCCAAGAGAGGAAACAAACAAACAAACAAAAAAACAGGUUAGAGCUGAUGCAGUCAUGAUCAAGAGUAAAGAACUAAUAAAGAGUAGAGUGUUUGGAGGUCAUUUAAUUAUGUGGGAUAUGUUCAAAGAAAUUUUUUUCCUUAAAAGCUUCAUACAAAUAAACACAUAGCAGAAAGUUUAAAAAAGUAAAAGCAGGACCUUAAUGCUCUUACCCAGACACUUUUGUCAUGCAUUACUUUCCAAACAUUAUAGUCUUUGCUUUUUAGGUAGUUUUGUUCAUAUUUAACUUGUACUGAUUUUCAACUUAACAUGAAAAAUAUUUCAUUAUAAAUAGCUGUUGAAUGUCCUCCUAAUAUGUUUUAUAAUUCCUUUUUGUGAGAGACUUCAGUUUUUCUGCUGGUAGUUUGAAGUAGAGCUUCAGUGAAUUGCUUAGCAUAAGACUUCAGAUAGGAUCAAUUCCUUGGGUAUGCAGAUAUAAAAAUAAAGUGAAUCAAGGAAUUUGAAGUAAGGUACAUUUUCUAAAUUGCAUUAUGAAUUAUUAAAUUCUUUAUUGCCGUGAAAAAAUACAGUGCCAGUUACAAUUUUCAUCUGCAUUGAUUAUGUUAAUUACAUAUAAUUUGUUUCUUUUGAAUUAUAAAUACACAUCACAUCCAUUAGCAAAUGAGAAGCUAAAUAUUUUCCCAUGCUUAUUUACUAAUUAUUUUUUUGUCUUUUUCUCACUUUUUUUUAACCAAUGUGUUUGAUUCAGCUGAUAAUGUAAUAAAGCUAUUAAUCCAUGAUUUUUCAAUGUUAUGUAGAUUUAUUUACAGUGUAUCUUCUUGUGUUGGUUGCUUAGAUUUUUAGGAAAAUGCUGUUAAUUUUGAUUUAAUACUUUAUUUUUUCUUUCUGACUUUUUAAAAUUUUAAGAUUUGAAUGACUUCAAUCCAAAGGGUUUAAUAUAUACUUUUUGGAAACUAAGAGAGGAAAGGAGUUUAUAGAUGAGCUUUCUUCUAGAUUUUCUUUAUUUCUGUUUUGGAAUAUAACCCCUCAACUCAAAUCAAUUAGGCCUGUCUAUGGUGGCCAUCAUUUUGAAUUUUAAAGCAAAGGGAAAACUCUCUCCUGCUGAAUCCUUUACCCAGCAUCCUACAGUAAUUGUCUGAACUUGAUUGCAAGACAGUGGAAUUGAUUUCAAACAGUGGAAUCUGAUCAUUGUCCUCAGCUGUUCCCCAGAGUAAGGGCAUUUUUAAAUGAGUGUGCAUAAUUGAUUUCUUGUAACCAAGAACUUUUUGGCUGCUUAGUGCAGUUUACUCUUGUAAGUUCCUGAAGUAUUGUUUAAAUCAUACAUUAUGAUCUAUAACUAGGGUCUUAUAAUUUUCUGAGUUUCAAGUGCUAGUUUCAGUUAAACAGUACUUGUUACUAGGAUUGUUUUAGAGGAGAAGUUGGUGAACUGUCUGACCCAUUUGUUGCCUAUUUUUGUAAAUAAAGUUUUAUCGGCACACAGCCAUGUCCAUUUAUUUACAUAUGGCCUGUGGCUGCUAUUGGCAGUACAGUGGCAGAUGGGAGAAUUUGCGACAGGUUGAAUGGCAGGCAAAGCUUACAAUAUUUAUUAUCGUUCCAUUAAAAGAAAAAGUUGGCUAAUUUCUCUCUUAGAGAACCACUUUCAAAGAUGAAAACACUAGGGUGGAGCUACUAGCGGAGUGGUGAUACUACACAAUGUGGUGAAGGGAAAGCGGUUGUAGAAGGAGAGUAUAUGAAGUAAAUAUUCCAGGGGCGAAAGCCAGAUGGAUUUCUGGAAUAAGAGCCAGGUCUAAGACUUGUGUUAAAGUCUGCUAUACAUGUAAAUGGUUAAAGAUAUUUUAACAGUUGAUAUGUUUUCAUUUUCAUUAUAAAAAUCUAAAGCAUGUGAGUGAUAGCCAAGAAAAAUGGGGAAGUAAAGCACAAACUUUAAAUAUCCUUGUUUCAACUGCAGCAGUAUGAUACUGAAUUUUCUUUCAUUUUGCUCAUUUGCUUUUCUUUUGAAAAUGUAGUUAGUUGUAAUCAUGCUUUUAAACUAUUCUACUUAUAUGUAUAUCAUUAAUGUUCCU